AUGCAAACAAAUGAUGCUGAAUUGGAUUCACUUCAUCACAAGGUUUGUUUUUGAAAAGAGAAAUUUUCACUCUGGAUGUUUUUUAGCAUGGUAAGAGAUUAAUAGAAUCAUUUUUGAAAUCCAUGAAUCGAAUGAUCGAAGGAGAAUCUACGAUUUUCAACAGCUUGAUAUUGGCUGUCUUGGUAUAUGGUAUCAUAGAAUUAAUAAGGUAUUUAUUCCGACACAAUCGGCAACGAGGAUCGUGGUGA